CAGAGAUCAAUUGAGCGAGAUAGCGGAAUAGCGGACGUGCACAACCCCACACAAAUACGGCAGCUCUUAUUCAUCCAGUUGCGACUCGCAAUGGCUGAGUCGUCCACGUCGUCUGGUGGCGUGUUCUCGUCAUGCAAUCUGUAUUUCGUCAAUCGGGGCGCCUUGAGUCUCUCCCGCAUCAACACGAUGAGUCAGCGCGUGAGGGAGAAGGGCGGGCAGGUCAUCGAGGACAUCACCAGCACAGUCAUCGACGAGCAAGGCCGGGAGGAGAAGGAACUCCACCCGGCUAUCACACACAUCGUCGUGGCCAACACCCUAAGCAGAAAGGUGCGCUGAAUGAAUGAUUGCGGAUUGUAUCUCUGUGUGUGGCUGCCAACUGUGUUAUGCACUGUAUGGGCGUUCAGGUGUUCCUUCGUUUUCUCCAGGCCAGUUCCCUGACAGAGGAGUCCAUCAGCGCUGGUCGGGCGAAGGUGCUGCAUGACGAGUGGGUGACCAAGUCAUCUGGGACGGGCAAACGACAAAACGAUGAAGGUGGGCAGAUCCCAUAGAAAGAAUGAAUCUGCACCUGCAACCCCCCGUCUGCACGCCUUUCUGUGUGUGUGUGUUCAGCCUACCUGUAUCAGUUCAACGAGAGCGCGCCAGGCGCGCCCUCGUCCGCCUCUGCAUCUGCUGCCGCAUCAUCGCAGGCACAGCGCAGCAGACCGCGGGCUUUGAUGUCUGCGAAGGAAGAGGACGAGCCUGCGAAGAAAAAGGUGAAGCACCAGGCAGAUGCCAAACCUCCCAUCUCUCCCAUCUCACAUGCGGUUUGCGGAUGGCUCCAGGCGCGGACUGGUGGCGGGGCGGAGAGCGCCUCUGCAUCUGCUGCCGCAUCAUCGCCGGCUUUGAAAGUCCUCACCUGGUGACCACACACGACACAUGACUGACAUGCAUCGCAUCGCAUUGCAUUGCAUGGUGCGCUGUAUAUGGGUGGUGUCUUGUGUGUUGCAGGAACAUCGACGUUGACAUCGACGAGGAGCGGCUGAAGGCACUGGUCGCGCUGAUUCGGAAGGAAAAGCCGGACAUCGUGUGUCUGCAGGAAGUCACACCUGACAGGGCGGUAAGGGCCACUCUCUGUGUGCGCGCGUGGCUGGCUGGCUGGCUGGCUGGCGGUCUACGCAUUUCUGCCUGUAUUGUAUGCGUGAAUUCAGACACACUUGAGUGCGUGGGGCGGCGAGCACUCCCUCGAAGACGAAUACCAUGUCCUCCGCGGUGGCACGAGGGGCGGGAGUACGCCAGCACAUGCCAUGCAGACACAUGACAUGACGGCAUACGCAGUGAGUCCACUGGCGUCCCUGCCUGUCUGGCUGCCGGCAGAGUUGACCCUCAACGUGACGUUGGUGUUUAAGCGAUCGCUUACUGUCAUCGGUGAGCGGGGGAGGGAGGGAGGGUGGCUGGGACGGAAGGCGGCAAUUGGACCAGUGAUGUGCAUGUGUCGUGAAUGUAGACGGCUCGCUCGAUACUCAUUGGUACCCGCGCGGGCAGAUCGGCAAGAGGGGCGACGAGAAGCUCCGGUCAGUCAGUCAGUUAUGCCAGGGAUGAAGACAGACAGCCAAAGGGAUCACGCCCAGCUGGUUUCUGUGUGGGUGCAGGCACCUCUGCCAUGUGCGGGUGAGGCCGGUUGACGGCACCAGUGGCGGCACGGAGCUGCUGCUGUGCAACACACACCUCGACAGCGGCAGCCCCAGCAAUGAGUGAGUGAGUGAGUCAACCACACACCAGCCGAGCCGACCCCAGCACCCACACUGCAGUCAAUGCACCUGCAGCAACCAGUUCCGGCGAGAGCAGCUGAAGGACCUUGGCCAGACCAUCAUCAAGUGA